AUGAUUGAGAGUAUUGGUUUCAAAGCAGACUCUCGACUGCAACGAACGCCAGCCAUCUCGGACUACUUUCGAGUCUUCACCUACGCGACGAAAUGGGACUUUUGCGUCUAUGCCAUCGCCUCGGUGGCGUCCAUCGGCGCUGGUAUCACCAUGCCCCUCAUGAACAUUGUCUUUGGCCAGCUCGUGGGUCAGUUUACGGACUACUUUAGAGACUCAUCUACCAUGUCGCCGGACAAGUUCAAGAGUAUUCUCAACAGGCAAGCUCUAUACAUUAUGGCGCUCUUCUUGGGUCGUUGGACUUUGAACACCAUCAACAAGUACUGCUUCAGGAUGAUAGGUAUCCGUCUUUCAUCUGGCAUUCGUCUUCACUACAUCCGCUCGCUCUUUGCCCAGUCUAUUCACGCUAUCGACUCGAUGCCCGCAGGUGCCCCUGCCACAGCCAUUACUUCAACAUCAAACACUCUCCAGGUCGGUGUUUCCGAACGCCUUGGAACUUUUCUGGAGUAUAACGGUACUAUCUGGGCGUCGCUGAUCAUCGCCUUUGUCUGGAGCUGGGACCUUACAUUGGUGACGUCUUCACUGGUCCUGUACAUUCUCAUUGUGUUGGCGGUUGUUCUUCCAUUGAUCGUCAAGGGACAAUCUGCUACUUCUGCGGCCGAUGCUGAAGGUACGGCUGUCGCGAGUGAAGCACUUGAACGUAUUCGUCUGGUCAUGGCUUGUGGUGCUCAGUCACGCAUCAUCUCUCGUUACAGGGAGUGGGUGGAAAAGGCUAUGAAGGAGGGCCACAAGCUCGCCCCAGUUGCAGGUCUUCAGCUUGGACUGGUGUUCUUUGGCGUCUUUGGGGCCUUUGGUCUCGCCUUCUGGUACGGUACUCAACGAUAUGCCGCCGGUGCGAUGAGCAGUCCUGCUCCCGUCAUCAUCGUGCUCAUGUCUGUCAUGUUGGUCCUCACCGCCAUGGAACGAAUCUCAACUCCUCUUAUGGCCGUCAGCAAGGCCAUGGUGGCUGCAUGCGAGUUCUUUGCCGUCAUCGACGCACCCCUCCCUGCUUCUGGAGACCUCAAGCCCGACAUCACAUCUGAAGACCUCGUUUUUGACAACGUCACCUUUGAGUAUCCCAGCCGACCCGGCGUCAGGAUCUUGGAUGGACUCAAGCUUCGCAUUCGAUCGGGACAGAAUACUGCUCUUGUUGGACCCUCGGGAUCUGGAAAGAGUACAGUUGUAGGUUUGCUGGAGCGAUGGUAUUCUUUGAGCAACCACCAGGUUCUACCCCAAGUCAUCGAAGCCAAGAAAGACAGCAAGGGUGAACAAAAGGACAAGCAAGAAGACAAUGAGAAGCAAGAAGGCCCCGCCAACCCAACUAUGGCUGGUGUAGUCACUGUUGGUGGUCACAACAUCGAGGAGCUUAACCUCAAGUGGUGGAGAACUCAGAUCGGCCUGGUUCAGCAAGAGCCCUUCCUUUUCAACGACACCAUCUUCAAGAACGUCGCCAACGGACUCGUCGGAACCGAGUUUGAAGAUGCACCCGAGGAGAAGAAGCGAGAACUGGUCAAGGAAGCAUGCCAAGAAGCCUACGCCGAUGAGUUUAUCAACCGCCUGCCUGAUGGAUACGACACCAAGGUUGGUGACGGCGGUGCCAAGAUGUCUGGAGGUCAAAAGCAACGUCUCGCCAUCGCCAGAAGCAUCAUCAAGAAGCCUCAAAUCAUCAUCCUCGACGAAGCCACCAGCGCCAUUGACGCCAAGAGUGAAAAGAUUGUGCAAGCUGCCCUCGACAGAAUCACUCAAAACCGUACAUCCAUCACCAUUGCCCAUCGACUGUCUACCAUCAAAAAGGCCGACAACAUCAUCGUUCUUCAGAAGGGUCGAGCUGUGGAAGAGGGCACGCACUCAAGUCUCAUGGAGUUGUCGGGUGUGUACAGUGCCUUGGUCCAGGCUCAGUCCCUGCGAUUCGGUGAUAAGCAAGAAGCCGAGACUCCGGUGGUGUCUGACGCUGAAUCAGAGAAGAUGGAGCAUCUGGGCGAUAUAAACCGGGUUCCCACAGCUGCUGAGGAGAGCCAAGUUCAUGAGCCAGUGGAACCUCGAAGCUUGGCUCGUAGCUUUGGAAGGCUUCUAUACGAACGGCGAGAACAGUUCCCCUUGUACAUCGGCAUCGUCUUCUCCGCCAUGGCUGUGGCUGCAGGAACCCCCCUUCAAGCCUGGCUCUUUGCCAAGGUCCUGGGCGUCUUCCUUAUCGAGGGUGGAGAUAUCAAAAGUGAGAGCAACUUCUGGGGUCUCAUGUGGUUUGCUCUAGCUGGCGGAGUUGGUCUCUCAUACUUUUGUGAAGGAUGGAUUGGCUUCCGCGUGCAGUACUGCGUCAGCGCAGCCUACAAGGCGCAGUACCUCCACGACAUGCUAUACCAGAAACUAGCCUAUUUUGACGACGACGACAACUCCCAUGGCUCCCUGAGCUCUCGCAUCUCGGGCGACGCGAAGCAGCUGGAGGAGCUUCUCGGCCUGAAUCUCGCCUUCCUGAUCUCGGCCAUCUUCAACGUCACAGGUUGCAUCAUCAUUGCACUCAUCUUUGGCUGGAAGCUUGGUCUGAUUGCCAUGUUUGUAGCCCUGCCCGUCAUGCUUGGAGCCGGUUUCUGGAAGUUCAGACAUGAAGUGCAAUUCGACCAGAUGAACUCGGCCGUUUUUGCGGAAAGUUCGCAGUUUGCUACCGAGGCUAUUGGAGCUAUCCGAACAGUUUCGGCCCUCACCAUGGAAGACUCUAUCAACAACCGGUAUCGACAGCUCUUGGAUGGUCAUGUCAAGGCUGCCAACAUCAAGGCUCGCUGGACUUCGGCCAUCUUUGGGUUUGCGGACAGUGCUGGUCUUGGAUGUCAAGCUUUGAUCUUUUGGUACGGCGGUAACCUCAUGGCCAAGGGAGAGUAUUCUAUGGAGGCUUUCUUUGUCUGUUUCAUCGCCAUCAUUCAGGGUGCCGAGGCUGCCAGUUACGGAUUCGCCAUGGCACCCAAUGCAGCGCAGGCAAAGGCUGCAGCUAACCGUAUUAUCGAUGUUCACCAGUCAGCAGAUGUCGAAGAAUCUCGUGCCAAAGGUCGCAAGGGUGGUAUCACUGACACAGAAGGUGGCGUCAAGAUUGAACUGAAGAACGUUUCGUUCAAGUAUCCCACGCGCGAUGUUGCCGUAUUCAAGUCUCUGAGCUUGACCAUCGAGAAGGGACAGUACGCAGCCUUUGUCGGUCCGUCUGGAUGCGGAAAGACCACCAUUAUUUCUCUUCUCGAGCGUUUCUACGACCUGGAACCCAACAAGGGCGCUCUUCUUUGCAACGGCACCAACAUCAACGACCUCAACGUCUACGAGUACCGAGACAACCUGUCCCUCGUCCCUCAAGAGCCAACCAUGUUCAGAGGUACUAUUAGAGACAACAUCCUCUUCGGUAUUACUGACCCAAGCUCCAUCUCCGACGAAAGAAUCCACGAAGUCUGCCGCGACGCCUUCAUCCACGACUUUAUUGUUUCCCUCCCCGAAGGCUACAACACCGAUGUCGGCAACAGAGGCGUUUCCAUGUCUGGAGGUCAGAAGCAGCGAAUCGCCAUCGCCCGUGCCUUGAUCCGAGACCCCAAGAUUUUGCUGCUUGACGAAGCGACCUCGGCUCUUGACUCUGAGUCCGAAAAGAUUGUUCAGGCUGCUUUUGAAAAGGCUCGCAAGGGACGGACAAUGAUCGCCGUGGCUCAUCGGCUUUCGACUAUUCAGAAUGCCGAUGUCAUUUUCGUGUUUGAUCAGGGGAGGGUGGUUGAAAAGGGCACUCAUACGGAGCUUAUCAACAAGCAGGGCGUUUACUUCGAAAUGUGUCAAAGUCAGGCAUUGGACCAGUAG